GAAGCACUUCCGGCGUCACUGUGAGUAAACAGUAACAAACAUGGCGGCCUCAGAGGAGCUCAGGCGGCUGGAGUAUUUGUCUCUGGUGUCCAAAGUGUGCACGGAGCUGGACAACCACCUGGGCAUCUGCGAGAAGGACCUAGCUGAGUUCAUCAUCAGUCUGGCAGAGAAACAUCCAACACGCCACGAGUUCGAGUCCGUGCUGAGGCAGAACGGAGCAGACUUCACUGACACUCUGGUUGGAAAUCUGCUCAGACUGAUCCAAACUAUGCGCCCCGCUCCGUCCACAAGCAAAGCUCCUCCACAGACUGAGAAGGACAAGCUGAAGGAGAAGUAUCCUGCCUUAUGUAAACCAGACGCUCCGGAGUGGACGAUUCCACCUCGACGCACAGAUAAAGAGGACGAGCAGGUUGCUGCGGCAGCCAUGAAGGAGCUGGAGAUGCUCAUGCCAAACUUCUGUGGGACGAGCUCUGAACCCGGGUCUGACGGGAAUUUGCCCCGAGGUCGAGACACCGACAGAGGACGUAAACGAAGUCGCUCUCGCUCCAGAUCGAAAGAUCGCGACGGAGGAACGAACCCGAAGCACCGAAGGAAACGAGCGUCUCGCUGGAGCGACCGUCCGCCGAGCCCUCGCAGAGACGACGACGCCGCCUGCCGUGAUAAAUUUGUAGACCGGCCUCCGCCUGAGCAGCCUGUCGUGGGCGACAUCUAUGACGGCAAAGUCAGCAGCAUCAUGCAGUUUGGCUGUUUCGUGCAGCUGGAGGGCCUCAGGAAACGCUGGGAGGGGCUGGUGCACAUCUCAGAGCUGCGCAAAGAAGGACGGAUAGCUAACGUGUCCGACGUGGUCACCAAAAGCCAGAAGGUGAAGGUCAAAGUGCUGACCUUCACCGGAACCAGAGCCAGCCUCAGCAUGAAGGACGUCGACCAGGAGACAGGGGAGGACCUGAACCCCAACCGGAAGAGAAACCUGGACACUGGAGGUGGAGGUGGAGACGAAGCCAUGAGGAACCCCGACCGCCCCAUCGAAGCGAGCAUGCUGGAGCUGGCGGAAAACCCAGCAGAGCGCAAGCGGCUCGCCAAGAUCACAGACCUGGAAAAAUGGGAGAUUAAACAAAUGAUUGCAGCAAACGUACUUCCUAAAGAAGAGUUUCCAGAAUUUGACAAAGAGACAGGAAUCCUUCCCAAAAUAGACGACGAUGAAGACGAAGACGUGGAGAUCGAUCUGGUCGAAGAGGAAGCACCGUUCCUGAGGGGACAGACUAAAUCGAGCAUGAACCUGAGCCCAGUCAAAAUAGUAAAGAAUCCAGACGGCUCCCUCUCCCAGGCGGCCAUGAUGCAGAGCGCUCUUUCUAAAGAGAGGCGGGAGCUGAAGCAGGCGGCUCGUGCAGCAGAGAUGGACUCCAUCCCGACCGGCCUCAACAAGCACUGGAUAGACCCGAUGCCUGAUUAUCAAGGAAGGCAGAUUGCUGCCAACAUGAGAGGCAUCGGUGCCAUGCCCAUCGAUCUCCCAGAGUGGAAGAGGUACGCCUUCGGAGGGAACCAGGUGUCGUACGGCAAGAAGACAGAACUUUCCAUCCUGCAGCAGAGAGAGAGUCUGCCUAUUUUCAAGCUGAAGGAGCAGCUCGUCCAGGCUGUCCACGAUAACCAGAUCUUGAUUGUAGUUGGAGAAACGGGGUCCGGUAAGACCACGCAGAUCACUCAGUACCUGGCGGAGGCGGGCUACACCUCCCGGGGGAAGAUCGGCUGCACGCAACCCCGACGUGUGGCCGCCAUGUCAGUGGCCAAGAGAGUCUCUGAGGAGUACGGCUGCCGUCUAGGCCAAGAGGUGGGCUACACCAUUCGUUUUGAGGACUGCACCAGUACAGAGACAGUAAUCAAGUACAUGACCCACGGCAUGCUGCAGAGGGAGUGUCUUUUAGACUCAGACAUGAGUCUGUAUUCCCUCAUUAUGCUCGAUGAGGCCCACGAGAGAACAAUCCACACCGAUGUGCUGUUUGGCCUUCUCAAGAAGACGAUACAGAAACGCAAAGACAUGAAGCUGAUCGUGUCCUCCGCCACGCUGGACGCUGUCAAAUUCUCCCAGUAUUUCUUUGAAGCUCCCAUCUUCACCAUCCCAGGAAGAACCUUCCCGGUGGAGGUUCUCUACACCAAAGAACCUGAGACGGACUACCUGGACGCCAGUCUCAUCACUGUUAUGCAGAUCCAUCUGACCGAGCCGCCAGGCGACAUCCUGGUGUUUCUGACUGGACAGGAGGAGAUCGACACCGCCUGUGAGAUCCUGUACGAGAGGAUGAAGUCGCUCGGUCCUGCUGUUCCUGAACUCAUCAUCCUCCCGGUUUAUUCUGCCCUGCCCAGUGAGAUGCAGACCAGGAUCUUUGACCCUGCACCUCCAGGCAGCAGAAAGGUCAUCAUUGCCACAAACAUCGCAGAGACGUCUCUGACCAUCGAUGGUAUCUACUACGUGGUCGAUCCUGGCUUCGUCAAACAGAUCGUGUACAAUUCCAAGACGGGAAUCGACCAGCUGGUGGUGACGCCCAUAUCACAGGCUCAGGCCAAGCAGAGGUCAGGUCGAGCCGGCAGAACCGGUCCAGGGAAGUGUUACAGACUGUACACGGAGAGAGCCUACAGAGACGAGAUGCUGACCACCAACGUGCCCGAGAUCCAGAGGACCAACUUGGCCAGCACUGUGCUGUCUCUGAAGGCGAUGGGCAUCAACGACCUCCUGGCGUUCGACUUCAUGGACGCUCCUCCCAUGGAGACUCUGAUCAUAGCCAUGGAGCAGCUCUACACGCUGGGAGCUCUGGACGACGAAGGCUUACUCACACGGCUGGGCCGAAGGAUGGCUGAGUUUCCUCUGGAGCCCAUGCUGUGUAAGAUGUUGAUCAUGUCCGUCUACCUGGGCUGCAGUGAAGAGAUGCUCACCAUCGUGUCCAUGCUGUCGGUGCAGAAUAUCUUCUACAGACCAAAGGACAAGCAAGCCCUCGCUGACCAGAAGAAGACAAAAUUCUUCCAGCUUGAAGGAGACCACCUCACGUUGCUGGCCGUCUACAACUCCUGGAAGAACAACAAGUUCUCCAACCCGUGGUGCUUCGAGAACUUCAUCCAGGCUCGCUCCUUGAAGAGAGCUCAGGACAUCCGCAAACAGAUGCUGAGCAUCAUGGACAGACACAAGCUGGACGUGGUGUCCUGCGGAGCGGCUACGGUGCGGGUCCAGAAAGCCAUCUGCAGCGGUUUCUUCAGGAACGCUGCCAGGAAGCACCCCCACGACGGGUACCGUACCCUGAUCGACCAGCAGGUGGUGUACCUCCACCCCUCCAGCACUCUGUUCAACCGCCAGCCAGAAUGGCUCGUGUAUCACGAGUUGGUGCUGACCACCAAGGAGUACAUGCGGGAGGUGACCACCAUCGACCCUCGCUGGCUCGUGGAGUUUGCUCCGGCGUUCUACCGAGUCGCCGACCCGACGCGCCUCAGCCGGCAGAAGAAGCAGCAGAAACUGGAGCCGCUCUACAACCGCUACGAGGAACCCAACGCUUGGAGAAUCUCCCGCGCCUUCAGACGACGCUGAUGAAGAAGAGCUCCUGUGCCUUUAUACCUUACACCAGGUGGACAAACUGUAGGUCAGACUGACUGAAGACACUGAAUUCAUUUAACUGUGGACCAGAUAAAUGUUAUUUCAACCUUCAUUAAUCUUCUUUCACAAUAUCUAAGCUUUUUUUUAACGUUAGAAUUACUUAAUUUCAGCUUGUUACCAUGAUCAGAUGGUGUAUAUGUAUUUUCUAUGAAAUAUUCAAAAGUUACAGAUAAACACUGGAUGCACUUUUA